CCUGGUGUCAUUUUCAGGUACAAUCCUCUCAUCAUGAUGGUACUAUAAAAAGUUGGCGCAUUCUUUGACAAUCGAAACCAAAACAAACCAACGUGUUUGCGUUGCAAUCGGAUAGCAGUAUUAUCGCGCCUGUAGGAACAAGAUUUAUUUUAUUUGUGAAGCAAUGGAUAGUGGGAAUCUUGACGAGAUCAACAGUUCGUACUUCGAUAGCUAUGAAGACUUGGGGAUUCACCAGUUGAUGCUAACAGACAAACCACGUCAAGACGCGUACAGGAAGGCAAUUCUAGAUAACAAGGAACUAUUUAAGAACAAAGUCGUACUUGAUGUCGGUACGGGUACGGGAAUCCUCUCCGUCUUCUGUGCCCAGGCAGGGGCGAAGAAGGUCUACGCAGUCGAAGCAUCAAACCUAGCUCGCUUAGCGCGGGAAGUUAUCGCCGAAAACGGCUUCGAAAAUACGAUCGAAGUGUUCGAGUGUAAGAUUGAGGAAUUCAAACUCCCGGAAGGCACUGACCGGGUGGACAUUAUUGUCUCCGAAUGGAUGGGAUUCUUUUUGUUGCACGAAGGAAUGCUCGACUCGGUCAUAUUCGCGAGGGACAACUUUCUCAAGCCGAAUGGCCUUUUAUUCCCUGAUACGGCAACAAUUUUUGUUUCCCCGUGUAGUGUUCCGACACUGUUCGAUAGUUUCGAUAGCUUAUCUGGAGUUAGUAUGAAAACCUUUGGACGAGAGCUUCGAAAACAGAAAUCUGACAAACCAGAGAUCUUAACAGUGGCGGCUAAAGAUCUGCUUCACGAGGGUCUAAUCAUGGCUUGGCUCGAUUUGAAGGAAGUUACCGUCGAGGAUUUAAACACAUUCGAAAUGAAGGAGGUAAUGGUCAUACAAAAACCUGGAAAGUUCCAGGGCAUUUGUAUUUGGUUCGACUGCACUUUUCCUACCUGCAAUUCGGACCAACUCACUGAUGUGGUUGUUCUUUCCACGAGUCCAAGUAGUCCUCCUACGCAUUGGAAGCAAAGCGUAAUCCUUCUCCCGGAGAAUGCAUGUGAAGAAGUGGAUAAACUUGACCCCGUUGCAUUCAAUCUAAAUCUAACGAGGAAUCCGGAAUACUGCAGAAGAUACAAUCUUCAGUUAACUCUCCUAGAUGCCGAACAGGAAACACACGGUUUGCCGUGCGAUUGUGUUAUGACGAAGUGUAUACUCAUGAAGGCGCAUUUGCAGAAAAUGGAAGUUGAUCAAUAAAAAUAAAUUGGAAGGAAAUUAUGAUACGUUCGACUGAGUAUUAUUGCUGAACCAGUAAUUGAAAUCCAACCGUAGCAGUAACUGAGAGAGUGGCGCACUGCUGGGGCCUGCCUUUAGGCCAAUCAAUAGUUUUAGCAACGAAUCCACAAGCUUGUUGAAGCUGUAACCGAAAGUAAUAAGAUAUGGAGGAUUGGAAAAAUAUAAUAUUGCAUCACUUACGCCUGCUCGUAUCCGUCAAAUUCUUGUCGUUCUACUGUAGUCAUUGGAUCUUUGCAACUGCCACAGAACGAGCAAAAUUUGUCCACUAUUACCAGCACUGUGUCUAAUAUUGUCAGGACGGGAUUCUCGUUUAUAUGGAGAACUGCUGUUGAUGACAAAUCGGGACUAUUGUUCGACAACAAAAAGCAUAAGCUUAAAACGUUAGCUUGGAAUAC